GGAUGCGGAGAGGGCAGGAAGGAGGGCUUGGCUUCUCACAGCGCAGCCCCAGUUAUGCCUUCUCAGGACUCUGACCUUCCCUUGAAGGAGCAGGAGAGAAUGACCAAGUUUCAGGAGGCGGUGACGUUCAAGGACGUGGCUGUGGUCUUCACGGAGGAGGAGCUGGGGCUGCUGGACUCCACCCAGAGGCAGCUGUACCGAGAUGUGAUGCUGGAGAACUUCAGGAACCUGCUCUCUGUGGGACAUCUUCCCUUCAAACCAGAUAUGGCAUCCCAGUUGGAGGCAGAAGAAAAGCUUUGGAUGAUGGAACGAGACACCCAGAGAAAUGGGUAUUCCAGUGAGAACUGUGUGGCUGUUCUUUCAGGCAGCAAGAAUCAAAAUGAGAUGGAGACUCUUCAAAAAGUUGCAUUAAAAUACUUUUCGCAUGAAGAGCUAUCCUGCUGGCAAAUCUGGAAACAGGUUGCAAGUGAUUUAACCAGGUGUCUUCAGAGGAAGAGGUCUCAGUUACUACAAGGCAACUCUAUUCAGGUUUCUGAAAACGGGAACGAUACAAUAAACCAUAAAGGAGAUAGCUCCAGUUACAUUGAAAACCAAGAGUUUUCCAUUUUGAGAACCCAGGAUUCUUGGGGGAAUAUAUAUCUGAGUGAGUCACAGAAUCGGAGUAGAGGUAAGCAAAUCAACAUGAAGAAUAACCCAUAUGUAUGUGAAGCCUUCAUGAAGAAAUGGUCACUUAGUGAUCAUAUUAAAACUGACACAGAACAGAAACCCUACAAAUGUAAUGAAUGUGGCAAAAGCAUUAGUGAUGGCUUCAGACAGCAUUUACCUGUAGGAGAGAAACUCCAUCCAUGUAGUGAGGGCGGGAAGGGCUUCAGUUACAGCCCGGUGCUUCCAGUUCAUCAGCAUGUCCACCCAGGAGAGAGAUGUUCCAGUCAGAGCACACAUCUGCAGACUCUUCAGAGAGCUUACCCAGGAGAGAAUCUCGAUAAAUGUCACGACGCUGGUGAUUGCUUCAACAAGAGCUCUUUUCACUCUCAUCAGUCUCAUCACACAGGAGAGAAGGCCUAUCGAUGUGACAGUUGUGGCAAGGGCUUCAGUAGCAGCACAGGUCUCAUCAUUCAUUAUAGAACUCACACUGGGGAGAAGCCUUACAAAUGUGAAGAGUGUGGGAAAUGCUUUAGUCAGAGCUCAAACUUUCAGUGCCAUCAGAGAGUCCACACUGAAGAAAAACCAUACAAAUGUGAAGAGUGUGGGAAGGGCUUUGGCUGGAGUGUUAAUCUUCGUGUUCAUCAGAGGGUCCACAGGGGUGAGAAACCCUAUAAAUGUGCAGAGUGUGGGAAGGGCUUCACGCAGGCUGCACAUUAUCACAUCCAUCAGAGGAUCCAUACGGGGGAGAAACCUUACAAAUGCGACGUCUGUGGGAAGGGCUUCAGUCACAAUUCACCGUUAAUAUGCCACCGGAGAGUCCACACCGGAGAGAAACCAUACAAAUGUGAGGCGUGUGGGAAAGGCUUUACCCGUAACACAGAUCUUCAUAUCCAUUUCAGAGUUCACACAGGAGAGAAACCCUACAAAUGUAAGGAGUGUGGGAAGGGCUUCAGUCAGGCUUCAAAUCUUCAAGUCCAUCAGAAUGUCCACACUGGGGAGAGACGAUUCAAAUGUGAAACGUGUGGGAAGGGCUUUAGUCAGUCAUCAAAGCUGCAGACCCAUCAGAGAGUCCACACUGGAGAGAAACCCUACAAAUGUGAUGUGUGUGGGAAGGACUUCAGUUAUAGUUCAAAUCUGAAACUGCAUCAAGUUAUUCACACUGGAGAAAAGCCAUAUAAAUGUGAGGAGUGCGGGAAGGGCUUCAGUUGGAGAUCAAAUCUUCAUGCUCAUCAGAGAGUCCACUCAGGAGAGAAACCCUAUAAAUGUGAGGAGUGUGAUAAGAGUUUCAGUCAGGCCAUAGAUUUUCGGGUACAUCAGAGAGUCCACACUGGAGAGAAACCAUACAAAUGUGGGGAGUGUGGUAAAGGCUUCAGUCAGUCCUCUGGUCUUCAGUCCCAUCAGAGAGUCCACACUGGGGAGAAGCCAUACAGAUGUGAUGUGUGUGGAAAGGGCUUCAGAUACAGUUCACAGUUUAUAUACCAUCAGAGAGGCCACACCGGAGAAAAACCUUACAAAUGUGAGGAGUGUGGGAAAGGCUUCGGGAGGAGCUUGAAUCUUCGCCAUCAUCAGAGGGUCCACACAGGAGAGAAGCCCCAUAAAUGUGAGGAGUGUGGGAAGGCCUUCAGUCUCCCCUCAAAUCUCAGAGUCCAUCUGAGUGUUCACACUAGGGAGAAACUGUUUAAGUGUGAGGAGUGUGGGAAGGGCUUCAGUCAGAGUUCACGUCUUCAAGCCCAUCAGCGAAUCCACACUGGAGAAAAACCAUACAAAUGUGAUGUGUGUGGUAAGGACUUCAGUCACCGUUCACGUCUUACGUACCAUCAGAAAGUCCACACCAGCAAGAAUCAGCAGCCCAGGAGCCAGGGCUUGUGUCUCAUGGCUUCUUUCUCCUUUGUCAGCCCUGCCUUCCCAGGACUCUGCCCUUCCCCAGAAGGAGCAGGAGAAAAUGACCAAGUUUCAGGACACAAGAAUCACCAUGAGCUAGAGACUCUUCAAGAAGUAGGAUUAAGAUACCUUUUACAUGAAGAUCUUAUGUUCUGGCAAAUAUGGGAACAAUUUACAAGUCAGUUAACCAGAAAUCAAGACUCUAUAAUAAAUCGGCAAGGCAAGAAGUCCAAGUCGCCAAAACAAGGUGAUUCCCUCUGUCAGGUGUGGGCAGGAGAAUCUACUCAGGUUUGUGAAGAUGAGAAGUACAGAAUAAAGCUUCAAGGGGAGAGUUCCAGUAGUAUCAAAAACCAAGAGUUUCCAGUUAAAACCACUUGGGAUUUCUGGAAGAGAAUGUAUCUGAGAGAGUCACAAAAUUAUCAGAGUAGGUGUCAGCAAAUUGACAUAAAAAAUAAACUGUGUAAAUGUGAUCAUUGUGUUACGAGAAGGAUCUCUCAUCACCAUGAUGAUCAGGAAGUACCCAAAAGAGAGAAGGCUUACAGCCACAAUAAUUGUGGAAAAGAGUUUGUGAAGAAAUCGUCUCAGCAGAGUAUAAUCCACGCAGGAGAGCAAAGCUCUGAUGAGAAUGGAAAAGGCUUCAGCCUUGGCUCUAAUCUUGAACUUCAUCAUCAAUUGCAUGUAGGAGAGAAGCUCCAUGUAUGUAGUGAGUGUGGGAAGGGCGUCAGUUACAGCUCAGUGCUUCGCAUUCAUCAGAGUGUUUACACAGGAGAGAAAUGCAGUAGGAAUGAGGAGUGUGGUGUGGGCUUCAGCCAGAGCUCACAUCUGCAAACUCAUCAGAGAGUCAACCCAGGAGAGAAAGCCUACAUGUGUCAGGGGUGUGUUGAGAACUUCAAUCAGAACCCCCCUCUUCCCACUCAUGAGCCCACUCCCCCAGGAGAGAAUCUGUAUGGGUGUGACAGGUGUGGGAAGGGCUCCAGUCCUAGCUUAGAUCUUAACAUUCACUGUGUAGACAACACUGGAGAGAAAUCCUGGAAAUGUGAGAUGUGUGAUAAAGGCUUCAGUCAGAAAUCACAACUUCGAGCCCAUCUGAGUGCCCAGCCUAGAGACAAAACCUACCAAUGGGAGGCCUGUGACAGGAUAUUUAAUCAGAAUUCUGGCCCUCAUCAGAGAGUUCACACUGGAGAGAAACCAUAUAAAUGUGAGGUAUGUGGUAAGGACUUCAGUAAGGCCUCAAAUCUUCAAGCCCAUCAGAGAAUCCACACUGGAGAGAAACCAUACAAAUGUGAUGUGUGCAAUAAGACCUUCAGCCGUAAUUCCCAUCUUCAGGCCCAUCAGAGAGUCCACACAGGAGAGAAACCCUACAAAUGUGACACAUGUGGGAAGGACUUCAGUCAGGUUUCCCAUCUUCAGGCCCAUCAGAGAGUCCACACAGGAGAGAAGCCAUACAAAUGUGAGACCUGUGGGAAGGGCUUUAGUCAGAGCUCACACCUUCAAGACCAUCAGCGAGUCCACACUGGAGAGAAACCCUACAAAUGUGAUGUGUGUGGGAAGGGCUUCAGUUGGAGCUCACACCUUCAAGCCCAUCAGAGGGUCCAUACAGGAGAGAAACCCUACAAAUGUGAAGAAUGUGGGAAAGGCUUCAUCUGGAACUCAUAUCUGCAUGUCCAUCAGAGGAUCCACACGGGGGAGAAACCCUAUAAAUGUGGCAUGUGUGGGAAGAGCUUCAGUCAGACCUCACAUCUUCAAGCCCAUCGGAGAGUCCAUACUGGAGAGAAGCCCUACAAAUGUUUUGACUGUGGUAAGGGCUUUAGUAAGAGUUCGUGUCUUCAGGUUCAUCAGAGGGUCCAUAAUGGUGAUAAAUCCAAUACACCUGAUGAGUGUGAUAAAGGUGUUCUUCAGAACUUAGGCUUCUCAUUUUCAUCAGAAAACCCACAUAGCAGAGAAUACUUAUAAAAUUGUUGUGUUUUAAGAAUUCAGGACUGAGCUGAGUUUUUUACAGUCAGCUGAAUGCCAUUGGAGGAAACCUAUU